ACACAAAGAUGGCGGACUCUGGAAAACGCAAAAGUGAAGUAGCGGGUGGGGAUAAUGAAUCAAAGGAACACGGUGAGACGCAUAAAGUCAGAAAAGUUGUCGGUAAUGAGACAGGAAACGACAAUGGCUCAGCUUCAGAGUUUCUGCUGUCGGGAUUCGAAACGAUAGCAAUUCUCCGGGACUCCGCGAGGGAGAAAAACAUUUUCAUUCAUGGAAAGAUUGCUGACCAGGAGACGGUGGUCAUUUUGGAGAAGACCCCAAUCAGAGAGGAAAGCCUUCCAGAGAUUUUCAAAGAUUCUCGUCUGACGCUCGAAAUGAAGAAUGACAUCUACAGUACCUACCAGUUACGGCCUCCUCCCCACCUCAACGAGAUCAAGACCACGGUGGUGUGUCCAGCCACGGAGAAGCAUGUGAAGAAGUACCUGCGUCAGGAGACCUUCCUGCUGGAGGAGAGCGGAGAGGACUACCUGUCCAUCACCCUGCCCUUCAUCCAGAGCCAGAGCUUCAGUCUGCAGUGGGUCUACAACAUACUGGAGAAGAAGGCUGAGGUUGAGCGAGUUGUUUUUGAAGAUCCAGACCCUCAACUUGGCUUUGUCCUGCUGCCAGAUUUCAAGUGGGACCAGAAGCAGCUGGAUGACCUGUACCUGAUCGCCAUCGUGCACCGGAGAGACCUCCGCAGCCUCCGGGACCUGACCUCAGAGCACCUCCCGCUGCUCGGCAACAUCCGGACGGCCGGACAGGAGGCCAUCCGGAAGCGCUACGGGGUCGCGGCCGACAAGCUGCGCGUGUACCUGCACUACCAGCCGUCCUACUACCACCUGCACGUGCACUUCACCUCCCUGAGCUACGACGCGCCGGGCUGCGGCGUGGAGCGCGCGCACCUGCUGUCGGACGUCAUCCAGAACCUGGAGGCCCAGCCCCGGCACUACCGCGCCCGCCGCCUGUCCUUCCCCGUCAGGGCCGACGACGGCCUGCUGGCCAAGUUCAGGGAGGCGGGGAAGGCGUAG